UCUUUCACAUCUCUUCCUAAUCCAUUAGCUUCAUCCUCUCCCUUCGCACCAAACAAAUCAUGAUUCCUUGAUGCCCAACUGGUAACUACCAAAGAAAAAUAAAAUAAGAACUAUUUGCACGUUUAAACUCCCCGGUGAGUAUACGUGAAGAAGCGCGAUCGGUUUCCAAUUUCCAUUUCCACAGCACAGACAAACACUGUCUUUCUCUCUCUACAUUUUACUUCCCCGCGCGAUCAUAGAAAAGUCGAAUGGCGACGAGGUACUGGGUAGUGUCUCUCCCCGUUCAAAAUUCCGCAUCCACUCUUUGGAACCGAUUGCAGGAACAAAUCUCCAAACAUUCCUUCGACACUCCUCUUUACAGAUUCAACAUCCCCAAUCUCCGCGUCGGAACCCUAGACUCCCUCCUCUCUCUCAGCGAUGAUCUCGUCAAGUCGAACAGUUUCAUGGAGGGAGUGUCGCACAAGAUCAGGCGGCAGAUUGAGGAGCUGGAGAGAGUGUCUGGCGUGGUGAGCAGUAGUUUGACGGUGGAUGGAGUCCCUGUUGAUUCCUACUUGACGAGGUUUGUUUGGGAUGAAGCCAAGUACCCGACUAUGUCGCCACUGAAGGAGAUUGUGGAUGGGAUUCAUGGUCAGGUGGCAAAGAUUGAAGAUGAUCUCAAGGUUCGUGUUUCUGAGUACAACAAUAUCCGCAGUCAGCUUAAUGCCAUCAACCGGAAGCAAAGUGGAAGCUUAGCUGUCCGUGAUCUUUCCAACUUGGUAAAACCUGAGGAUAUUAUAACUUCAGAACAUUUAACUACCCUUCUUGCAAUUGUUUCCAAGUAUUCACAGAAGGAUUGGCUCUCAAGCUAUGAAACAUUAACAAACUAUGUGGUUCCCAGGUCUUCCAAGAAGUUGUAUGAGGAUAAUGAAUAUGCUCUUUAUACUGUGACACUCUUCAGUCGAGUUGCAGACAAUUUUAGAACUAGUGCACGGGAAAAAGGGUUCCAAAUUCGUGAUUUUGAAUAUAGUCAAGAAUCACAUGAGAGUCGAAAGCAGGAGUUAGAGAAAUUGAUGGGAGACCAGGAAAGUUUGAAGGCUUCUCUAUUGCAGUGGUGUUAUACCAGUUAUGGAGAGGUUUUCAGCUCCUGGAUGCAUUUUUGUGCAGUACGUGUAUUUACUGAGAGCAUUCUGAGAUAUGGUCUGCCACCAUCUUUCUUGGCAUGCGUUUUAUCUCCAUCAGUCAAAGCCGAGAAAAAAGUACGUUCUAUCCUUGAAGGGUUGAGUGACAGCACGAAUAGUGCAUAUUGGAAGACCGAGGAUGAAGGAGUUGGGAUGGCUGGCCUGGCAGGGGAUGCUGAUGCCUACCCUUAUGUCUCCUUCACCAUCAAUCUGGUUUGAGCACACCCAGAAACAAGUCCUGUCUCGUUUCUGGGUCAGCGAAGGAUUCCUUUGUACAUUAGGGUCGUGUUCCAUUUUUUAUAUAGAUAUAUUUAUAAUUUCAGAGCAUUCAAGUUUCCAGAAGGAUCUGAUGAAUUCAUGUGUAGUUGUGGUACCAAGUUUUGAUCAUUAGCAACUUCUAUAUUGAGUUUUUGCAUUAUGUUUUCUCGUCAGGGAUUAUGCGACUCGAGAAGUUAUAAUCUUUGUAUCUACAAAAUAUUAUAUAAUAUUAUGUUGAUUGUAUCUUUAAUUUUACAUAAA